AACACUUCAAGCUUCUAGAAAGGCGGAUCCCUCUCAGCUAGUUUGCCACUCAGAACUUCUCUCCAGGCUGUUUUUGUACUGGCCGUUGAAAUCCCAAACCCCCCUAAAACAGCUUUCCUGGGUACACAUCGAGUUCAGCAGAGUGUUGGGACCGUGCUCGCCGCGACGACAGGAGUAGUUUUCCGGCUUUGACGUUAGCCUGCUAACUUUUAACUCUCUAGCAUUUAAGUUGACAACCGCCCUGCAGUGAGAGGGAAGAAGCAGACCUGAGCUAACGCAGGAAGAUGUGCGAUACUGACUUGAAAUGGAUAUUGCAGACCGGGGACAUGGAUGAGAUCAAAACCCAGCUGGUAACGGCUGAAGAUGUAAACCGGACCCUGGAAAAUGGGAGGAAGCCCCUGCACAUAGCUGCAGACUGCAAUCAGACAGAGGUGGUGUUGUACCUCAUUUCUAAGGGAGCAGACAUCAAUGCUACCGACCGGCACGGAUUCACUCCACUGCUCUGCGCCUGUUUCGAGGGUAACUUGAACUGUGUCAAGGUCCUGCUAGAAAAGGGAGCUGACAAAGACAUAAAAGCACCGAAUGGCGUCUGUGCCUUGGAAGCUGCAUCUGAGUGCGAAGCCAUAAAGGCUCUGCUCAAGUGAGACAGCGCGGUGUGGGAGGUGGCCGGACAGGUGGGUGAACGAACGGACAGAUGGAUGCAGUGGUCCCCUGAUACAAGAUGGACUUGGCCCUUUUUACCCCUAUCAGCCUCUGUCUUUACACUGCUUUUGUCUGUUUGUUGGAGGUCAUUUUGUCUGUCUGGUGAUUUUCCUUCACUCUGUUGUUUCUUUUUUUUUUUUUUUUUUUUUUUUCAGUUUUUUCUGGGAUAGGAUUUCCUCUUCUUUUGGCCUCUGUCUGUAGCUCUUUAACAGACUUGUCAAUUAUGUCUCCCUUAGGGACCAAACACUUGGGGGAGCGCUCUCGCACCUGGAUCCUAGACCACUGCUCAGACUAGAGAAUCACUCUGUAACGUAAAAGCAAAGCUAGCACUUAAUUACACAUUUGACGUUUGCUGUUCUCUCUUUAAACUGUAAAGAAAUCAAAUGAAAAUAGAUCGUAGUGUGUUGACAUUUUUUUACAAAAUCAUAAGCAUUGUUCGGCCAGGGCUUACUCUCAUGAACAGGAAUUGCACUGUAUUAUACUAAAUAGUUAAAAGAAAGGUUGUAAAGUUGCAUAAACCUUUCAUUACGUGUGGCCUCUUCCCCUUACCUUGAUUUCUUUUUGUAAUCGACCAAACUGUCCUUCCAAUCCAAUCGUGAAACUUUGGAAUAAGUGGGUUAAGAGCGGUCCAGAGGUUAGAAUUUCUUUUGUACUCGGCAUAUCACUUACAUAUCAGACAGUGUUUUUUGAGAAAUUAUACGUUGGUAACUCAUUAAAGUUAUUCUGUAGACCAAUCACCAUGCUGGCUAACUAGAAAGACUUGAAUGUUGCCGUUUUAAAAAUGUGUUACUGAUUCCCUUUUUCAAACAUUGCUUAAUAGAAUAAAGAAUUUUAAGAUGUGUUCAUUUGUCCUCCCUGGAGUAAAAUUCAGAGCAAAAAAAUCCCCUUUUUUGUUGCAUCUUCUCUGUGUGUAUUUUGUAAUUCAUGGCCUCAGAGGGCUCCCUGUGUGAUGGGUUAGUUAAGAGUGGAUGAUGGGGUGGGGGUGUUAGCACGCCACUCACAUUGGUUGUGGUUGGAAGCCCGGCCUGUUUUGCUGCAUGUCAAAUUUGCCUCUGCUUUUUUCGCUAUGACAUGGUUGCUGGUCCUCUCUUGGUUGCUUUCAAUGACUUACUACAAUGUACCGGACAAAAAUAGAUGCUCUUGCUGACUUUGUUGUGACAAAAAGUCUGUAAAAACAAAUAAAAAUACCUAUAAAAAAUAA